GUCCGAGGAGAAGAGGACUGGGUUCGUAGCGGUGGAAUCCUUCGCGACAGUGAAGGAAAGCGUGACUUCGCACGGACAGAAAAAGUCCGAGAAGAAAUUCGCUUGAGGGAAUGGGAGAAAGAAGUUCAGGAAAGAUGGGAUGGGUACGAGAGACGGUGGGCGGAGCUUCAGGCGAAGGAGCGGAAAGGGGAUUCGAAGUAUUCAUUUCAAGAUAUACCUUGGCCCGUCCAUGUUGGUGAGAGAGAUUCUAAGACAAAGAUGGAGCUCCCGGAUCUUAACAGAGAAAACGUGGAAAAGUUCUUGACGGAUGGGCUAAAGGUCCGGGGUUGCAAGGUGACCAGGAAAGAGAGAGUUAGGGCAUCGUUACUCAGGUGGCAUCCAGAUAAAAUGACCGCGUUGGUUUCGAAGGUGAUUGACGAUGACCGAAAAGACGUAGAAAGUGGAAUAAGUGCUGUAGUGAGAUGUUUACAGGAUAUGAAUUCUAAACCCUAA